CUUACACAUGACACGAGGUUCAACUAGAGAGGAAGACAUGAGGAACAUGGAGUCAACAAGGUGUUUAAUCCCGCAGUUUCUUGGCCCAAGCUGUCCGUUGUCGUGAGCGAAUACGAAGCUCAUGCCAUGGCAGAUGCCAAGUAUGAUAUCACUUUGAAGAACACGUUUCUGCACUUUCAAGAGGACAUCCCAACAAUUCCGCGUAGCUCUUCUUGGACGUGUGGAGAAACGCCAGAUGAGCUUGACUUGGGGUCCGACGAUGGCAGCGGUGUCCCAUGUAGCAGUUUCGAUGAGUCUGAAGCUGCUCAAGACCUGCACAGCAACGGAAAAUGCAAGCCCUGUGUGUUUUUGGCCAGCCGCUUUGGAUGCGCUCGCACAGACUGCGCCCAGUGUCAUUUGCUCCACGAGCACCGAGGGCGCAUUCGUCCUAAGAAGUCCACCCGGAAGGCCUUCAAGCAUGUGGUGGAGAAGGUUUUCGAGAGGUUGGAGAAUUUGGAGGAUCUAGAAGAGCAGCGCAUUCAACUAGAACGUGAAGCUGCAAAAUCGCAAUAUGCGUGGUCAAUGAUCGUCGUGAUGCUUGAUAAGUACUAUCGUAGAGCUGUCCGAUAGGGCACUGGCAGUGCACUGAGCGGGCAGAUGCGGGCAGCAUGCUGCGCAGGACGGGGCAUCACCUCACUUUGUGUGUGAAGGAGAUGCAUUUCUAAGGGCAUUUAGUUGAGAUGACAUAUUAUAGGUAUGUCGUCUGCUUUCGAGUCCUUCUGUCUGCUUUCGAGUUGUUCUUCGAGUUGUUCAGUUUGUAAACUAUAUCAACCUUUACACCGUA